AUGGAUGUAUAUAUAUCAUUUUAUUUGCUUUAGACUGUUUCAGAUAUCAAUCCAAGACCAUUCUUAGAGGAAAUCACAAGAAAAUAGAUCAUUGUUAGAUUAAAGUGGGGUUGGGAAUUAAGAGGUAAUAAAUAAUAAUCUAAUUUUAGGGGUUUUAAAAAGUUCUGACUAAUAUAUGAACUUGCAUGUAAGUUUAUUUAUAUGAAUUUAUAGAUGUUGAAUACAGAAGAGUAUGUUGAUGGAAAGAGUAGAGGAAUAUUAGGAGAAGUAUUGGUUAGAUGUAAUAAUGUUUUGUACAUCAGAUAAUGCCCUGAUGAAAAAUGAUC